GGAGACUCAGAGGACAGUGCUCUGUUUCUUAGUUUCUCUCACUAUCCAAAAUGAUGGCACUACGUUUGAGGUCCUUGAGCAGGGGUCUGGCAACUGCGGCCAAGGAAGAGCAUGGAGGAGCAGGGGCGAAAACCUGGCGUUUGCUGACUUUCGUGCUCGCUCUCCCAGCUGUGGCUGUUUGUACCCUUAACUGCUGGCUCCAUUCAGGUCACCAUGAACGACCCAAGUUCAUUCCUUAUGCGCACCUCCGCAUCCGUACUAAGCCUUAUGCCUGGGGUGACGGCAACCACACGUUGUUCCACAAUUCCCACGUGAACCCUCUGCCCACGGGCUAUGAACACCCCUGAGCCCAGGCUCCUUGGAAGCUCAAUAAAGACUGGCCAACUGAGGCCCCCAGUGAGAA